CAAAAAUAGCAGCAACACUCGUGCACUUAGUCUUGAACAUGCUCACGUUCAGGUGAAGGAUUUUAUCACACAAAUCAUUUAACGGACCUGACCUGAAAAAAACAUGACACAAGGAGAUUGCAUGCGUUAUAAUGUGGCCAUUAUCCUGACAUCUGUUGCACUGCUGAUAUCUGUGGGUUUAAACGUUGUACUCUAUUUAUUAAGAAGACAGAAUAGAUAUAAUACAGCAAAUGAAAACCUGUUCACAUAUGGAGAGGAGGCAUUCCGUCGAGAUUCGGUGCAUUCAGACAGGUUUGAGGAUGACGAGAUGGAAAGACAGGAAAAUCCGAUUUAUGGGAAUAUCUGUUUAGAAGUAGAAGGAUCUUAUGGGAUGUCUGAGGAAAUGUGCUAUGAACAAAUGUCGCAAGCAAGCACAUCAAAAAAGGUUAUAAAGGUUGAGCAUGGUGAUGUGUCAUACGCUUCUCUGGAUCUGACAGCCAAUAAAAAGCGUAGGAAGAAACGGAAGUUCCAAAAACAGCCUCAGACCUACCAAGCCCAGACACAUUCACAAGCUGCUUCUCUGCAAAACUGCCUAGACCAGGAUACCGAAGUUGAUCUCACCCUCCCGUCUCGAAGUAGCAGCCUCAUGGUUUCACGCCAUAGCAUCUACCUCAACAGCCAUCAAGUAGCCCUUGAGGCUGAGGAGAGAGAGAGGGGGGAAGAGAGGGAGACAGAUGAAAACGAAGAGAGAGAGUUUGAGAUGAGAAUAAAUUCGCAUGAAGACUUUGAUCACUCCCUCGGUAGAUCAAGACAAAGUCUAGAAGAUAAGAGUUAACAGUUUCAGUGGAAAGGAACUUUUGCAUCCUCAAAGAUGAAACACAUCUGACCGUGGGUGGAACUGUCAACAGCUCAGAUUAUUACAAAUAAGAAAAGGUCACAGGUCUUUUGCGCUUGAUGAAAAGUGAGAAAAUUCUCAUGUCAGCCUUGCAAAAGCAUGCAUGCAAUAUUUCUUUUGAGGUUGUGUUAAGAAUAGAGUUCAAAUCAUUUAACUAUAGCUGGUUUUUGUUAUUGUUGCUGGUCUAUGAUGCAGCUGUAGAUAUAUAUAUAUAAACUUCAUGUUAACAAAUUAUUUAUCCGUUUAUUUCAUACAACAACAAAAAAAAAAUGACUGAGAAUAAAUCGAAGAUAGAUUAAAGGUUUAUUAAAUUAUUAAAUUACUGGUAAUUUGAUGAAUUUGAGAAAACAGUGGCUUUUAUAAUUAAUAAUAUUAUAAACAGAGUUGAAACGACAUCAUGUGUUUUGGUUUCUAUCUUUAUAUUAAAGUUUGUAAUGAUUUGUUUCUUUGCUGUCGUUUUCCCUUUAAAGGAUUUUAGAUUAAUUGCAACAAUUAAACAUGACAACCACUGUUUCUGUCCUAAUAUUAGAGACAAUUUUCACCCAA